AUGCAAUGUGCGCCCACAGAAUGUAAUCUGGCACCUUUCCAGAGUGGCACAUCUACGCAGAAGAUACCAUUCGUGUUCCUGCCUAUGAAAGGUCAAAUUGUGUACCCCAGUGCAGAAAUUUCAUUCUCAGGUGUCAAGUCACCGAUUUGCGUUGUUUCUGGAGCGAAGUUCUUGACGAGAGCAGGAUGGGCCGACCUACGCAACAGGUCCGACACAGAGCCACCCUUCCGCAUGUUCCGCGACGAGGGUCGCACUUUCCUUCAGUGGCUUGGAACUCAAGAGCUGCGACUGAGCAUGGAGGGAAGACUGCUUUUGGUCUCACUGAUGUGCAAGGACAUGGGCGACACUACGGCUCACAGCUCCAUAUUCACACCAUGUGUUGCAUUCAGAGUGGCAGGCACUCCGAGUGUACGCGAAGUGUCGUUCUCAGCGGAGCCCCACGCGACAGAGAGCGGCACGGGCAGCGGCGGCGGUCUAUCGGCCAGCGAGUUCGUGGCGAUAGCGGUCUGCUCCGUCCUCCUCGCUCUCAUGUACAUAGCAUCCGUCCUGCUCUACCUGCACACGAAGCGACGCCACCUGAAGGAGCGUCGCGACGCCGACGGGGUUGGUGGGGCGGCAGACGCCUCCAGUCAGCUGGUCGAGGAGGGUGUGGUCAAGAGUAAUCCUCUACUGCGGCACUGUCAUGAUAAUACUGGCUACAUGAGUGACUCGCACAGCUGUUGCACAGAGACUGAGGAUGGUUCUGAAGAGAUGGGGCCCGUGUCAGAUGAUAACAGCGUCGGCUGCACCAGCAUUCAACAGAUUCACACAGCGGCGCAGAUUCACCCGCACGCGACAGAGAUCUACGCGUCGGACUGCAGUGCAAUGCAGCUGCAGGACUCCAGUGCUAUUGAGAGGUUACCCGAGGAGAACGUGUCAAUAGUUGAGACGCUGGAGAUGAGGGAGGACAGGCCCGAAACAGUUCGUGCUAUAACAACCGCUUCAACAAGGAGAAAGCUGUACUUCAACCCGGCUUACUUUGAACCAGAAAUGCUAUUGGCACCUCCCCCUGCGGCGCUGGAAUUCCUCUCGAAAAUUCGAGAAGUAAUUGCAAUAGCCAAGCACAAAAUGGCGGCCAAGAGAUUUUUCCCCAGCCUACUGGGAAUACCCGAGGAGAUGGACCAUCAUCAGAUAGCACAGGGCCGUCACAGUCAUCACGGCUCGGUUCGCAGCAGCGUGAAGACCAGCCGUCACGAGCGCAGCGGCCGGUUCACGCCGAUUCAGUCGCUGAGAACCACGCCCACUUGCGAGGGCUGCCCUGGCUGUGGGUUCGAGUCCUCCUACGCCGAAAAGGAGUGCAACGACUGCUGUAGAACGGCCAACGAGAGCAAGCAGCGCAGCAUACGGAAGUGGCUCGAAGAUGUGCCAUUGGCCGCCAAACCAACAAAAUGCGACGAAGAAAAGGAGAAAAUAAAGGUGCCGCCCAGGAGGAACUAUGUCAACAAAGGUAAAGCACCGGCAGUGCCACACACUGAGAAGGUAAAGCCCGAGCCAAUUGACAAGAGUGAAAUCAUCCACUGAACAAGAUUGAACCAGAAAUCAAGAAAU